AUGGAUCCCACUGCUGAAGCAGGCGCUGCUGCAGCUGCCGCAACCGCGCCAGAGGCGACCGCGCCGACACCACCCGCGACGACAACGACGGCCGCCGCUGCACCACCACCAGAGCAACAGCAACAACCCACGCAGCCGCAAACCUCCACGGUCCCCGUUGCGCAGCCGCCCGCGCAAACAACGCAGCAGCAGCGGCAGCAGCAGCAGCAGCAGCAGCAGCAAAGGCCUCCUGCCGUCCGGCCGCGUGACCGGUUCUAUCAGCAGUCACUCGGUGGAUCGCUAAAUGCCACUGUCAAGAAGGCACGCGUUUUGAUGGUCGGCGCUGGCGGUAUCGGAUGCGAACUACUCAAAAACAUUGUGCUCACUGGCUAUGGCGAAAUCCACGUCGUCGAUCUCGAUACAAUCGAUCUGAGCAACCUCAACCGACAAUUCCUCUUCCGACACGAGCACAUCAAGAAGUCUAAGGCUCUGGUGGCCAAGGACGCAGCACAGCCCUUCAACCCCAAGGUCAAGAUCAUUGCGCACCAUGCGAACAUAAAGGAUUCCCAGUUCAGUGUGAAAUGGUUCCGGGACUUCAACAUCGUUUUCAAUGCGCUGGACAACCUCGAGGCCAGACGGCACGUCAACAGAAUGUGCCUGGCUGCGGAUGUCCCCCUGAUCGAGAGCGGCACGACUGGGUUCAACGGCAAUGUUCAGGUUAUCAAGAAGGGAAUUACCGCAUGCUACGACUGCACCACUAAGGAGACGCCCAAGUCCUUCCCGGUCUGCACCAUCCGAAGCACGCCGAGUCAGCCCAUCCACUGUAUUGUCUGGGGCAAGAGCUAUCUGCUUAACGAGAUUUUCGGAACGAGCGAAGACGAGUCCGCGUUCGAUAACUCAGCCGAUGCCGAGAAUGCCCAGGAGAUUGAGGAACUGAAGAAAGAGGCCGCCGCCCUCAGAGCGAUUCGCGAAUCACUGGGCACCGAAGCCUUUCCUCAGCUUCUAUUCGACAAGGUAUUCAACACGGACAUCGUGCGAUUGGCGUCUAUGGAGGACAUGUGGAAGUCCAGACGCAAGCCGGAGGCCCUCGACUACAAAGCCCUUUCGGACCAGUCGAAGGACGCCCUUGCCUCGAAGGAGGAUAUUCUCAAGGACGGACAGAAUGUGUGGACACUGGAGCAGAAUUUCGCAGUUUUCGUCGACAGCCUGGAUCGGUUGAGCAAGCGCAUGCAGGAGCUGAAGAAGGCUCAUCAAGACGCAUCCGGUCCGGGUCCUAUAAUCACAUUCGAUAAGGAUGACGAGGACACUUUGGAUUUCGUAACGGCCAGUGCCAAUGUUCGAUCAACCAUAUUCGGCAUCGAGCGCAAGUCUCGCUUCGAUAUCAAGCAGAUGGCCGGCAACAUCAUCCCAGCCAUUGCGACGACCAAUGCAAUUGUUGCGGGACUGUGUGUCCUUCAAUCAUUCAAGGUGCUGAGAGGCGACUUCACUCAGACCAAGGAGGUGUUCAUCUCUCCUCACAACCCUGCUCGUUUGCUCAACUCGAGCAAGUACCGGGCUCCCAACCCAGAUUGCCCAGUAUGCAGUGUAUAUCAGACGAGCGUAUUCGUCGACCUGUCUAGAGCCACGCUCAAGGAUCUCGUCGAAGACUUUGUUCGCCUGGAGCUUGGGUACGGCGAUAAGGAGUUCGCCGUGAAUAACGACGCAGGUCCGCUUUACGACCCAGAUGAGACGGAAAACCUGCCCAAAAAGCUCAGCGACCUUGGCAUCAACGAAGAUACCUUCCUCACCGUUAUCGAUGAGGACGAUGAAGAGCCCUUUGUCAAUGUCGUCAUCAGCAUCCUGGAAUCCAAGGAGUCCUUAGGAGACAAGCCUGUCAAGGGCUUGAUUGCGGAUCAGAAACCCAUGAUCCCUCGCAAGCCCAAGAAGGAGACCCUAGUGGAGUCGAAUGGUACAAGCGAGCAGAAUGGCAAGCCUACUGUCGACGCUGAAGGAGAAUCGGCAAACCUCAAGCGGUCUCGGUCGGACGACGGCGAUGGGCCAAGUGAAGCGAAGAAGGUCAAGGUUGCCACGACAAGCAGCGACGACGUGGUCAUUGUGGAUGAUUCGACAGGUGGAGCAAUCGUCAUCGACGACGACUGA